UGGAGAGAGGUCAAAGACUGACGUUUAAAUUUAUAGAUUCUGGCAGUGUAAACAACAAGACAAAAAGAGUACUCCAUUCAAAUACAAUGCACACAAGGUAAUCUACUUAAAAUAGAUGMGAACCUGUCUGGAAAGACGGAAAUUAACUUUUUGGCUAUUCUUUCAAAYAGAAAGAAAUUUGAGAUGAGAGRGUGAAUUGAGAAUCCAGUUUGUAACAUGCAAUAAACGACUUCACUGAAUGUUGUUAAACCAUCAAGGAAUGGAGAACUUUGACAAGAGUGGUGCGCUGAACAGUACAUGUUGAUWGUACACUUUGAUUUGACAUCUKCUGCCAGUAACUCAGGAUACAUUAUCUGAAAUUGGGCAMUWAACUUCUCUACUCCAAGCUAAAAUGAAUACGACCAAUGGAAUCAACACCCUUUGUCCAAAGAUCACAAUGUCGCAUACUACAAACCCCGCACAUUUUGACUUCAACACUGGCAUCAUCGUGUGUGUUAUGAAUGGCGUUCUUUCUGUUCCAACUACAAUCCUCAACCUYCUACUUAUUCUAUCCAUCUUAYCCUCACCAAAUCUUCGACGWCCAUCUUACAUCUUGAUCUGCGCUCUAGCGUUCGCUGACUUAGGUGUUGGUAUUCUUGUGCAACCGUUGUACAUCGCUAGAAAGAUAACAUUCAUGAUGUCUGAUUACGAAACGUACUGUAUUUUACUACAGGUUGGUAAUGUUUUUGCCCAUGUGUGUUGCAGUCCUUCGUUUUUUAUAGUAACGGCGAUAAGCGUUGAUAGGUACCUUGCUAUUCACUUGAAAACGGCRUAUAGCAGUGUAGUUACUAUUAAGACRGUCCUACUGUACAUGGRUGUSGCUUUAUUGUGUACUGGUUGUAURACUSUAGUUCGAUUCCAAUCCACCAGUCCCAAAUACAUGAGUAUAGCGGCUGCUCUAAUGUGUCUUAUUCUUGCUGUUAUUCUGUGUUGUUAUUUCAAGUCAUUAAAAGCGUUGAGGACUGUUCAAGUACGUUUUACAAGCGAAGAAUUGAAAGAGAACAAUCYKYGAUCAGGAGUUACCUAUCAUCAUCARGUGCUCACAACUUUAAUGUGGAUUGRCGUGACKUUGUUUUGCUGUUAUGUKCCGUUUGUGGCCGUUGUCAUAACGAUGGCCGUUCARGGUCGUUCGCGAGAYUUCAUGAUCGCGUGGGAAAUGGGUCUGACACUCUUGUAUCUUAAUUCAUUGUUGAACCCAGUGGUCCACUUUGCUCGGCUUCACGAGCUGAGGGAGGCCUGUGCGGCAGUCAUGAAAAGAAACUGAACUCUUUCGUGUCUUGAUAUGAUCUCUGCAAUUCGACAACUGACAAACCAAGAUAUGGCAUUGGCCGUAAAUGAACAAUUGUUACCUAAGGCCGAAUAUGAUAUGAGGAAUUAUUGGAUAAGYCUGAGUAAGAUAUGAACAGUUAUUGGCUGAGGGCGAUCAUGAUAUGAAGAAUUAUUGGCUGACGUUGAGUGUGAUAUGAAAAAUUAUGAAGCCCCAGGUAACUGUUACUGUUGAAAGUGAGACCAACAACAUCAUCUUGGACUUGCAUAAUUCUUUAUAUCAGCUAUUAUGUAACGGCUUUAUCAUUUGCAAAAUAUAGUUAUGAUUGAAAGGAGAUUACAGAUCACGAAGUGCUACUCUGUGACGUCAUAUUGCAAUAUGAAAGAGUAUCGUACUAUGCGUGACGUUAGGGUAUUUAUGAAUAAACGAGGGAUCCGUGGUAAAUAUGCUUU